UGGCUCAAAACUAUACGAAUGAUAACAUUAAACAAUUGCAUCGUUCUGGAUUGGCAAAACGAUAGUAAUUCAACCAUUGAUGCUUACGAAGAUUCUCCUCCUACUUAUCCAGCGUCGCUUUUAUGCUUAUUUUUAAUUUCCGGCGUUAUUGGAAAUGUCUUAGUAUGCCUGGCCGUUAUCCGGGAAAAGAAGUUACAUAACGUCACCAAUUACUUCCUCAUGUCCUUAGCAGUGGCGGAUUUAUUGGUCUCUUUAUUAGUAAUGCCAAUAGCCAUCGUUACAGUUAUAAAAGGAUAUUGGCCUUUUGGUUUCGAAUUAUGUGCUUUCUGGCAAGCUUCUGACGUAAUGUUAUGUACAGCUUCGAUUAUGCACAUGUGUAUCAUCUCGUUAGACAGAUAUAUUGGAAUUCGCCAUCCUCUACUAGCUGCGAGGCAUAAGAGGAGAAAUGCCGUUGCUUUCAAAAUUAUUAUAGCUUGGAUGUCGGCUAUACUCAUUAGUUCACCAAUUCUAAUUUUGGGAUUUCUCGACUCAUCAUACGUUUUACGCAAUUCUCAAUGCGGAAUAUUUAAUUCAAAUUUCUUAAUAUACGGAUCAUUAGCCGCUUUCUUCAUUCCUCUCGUUAUUAUGCUUAUAAGCUACGGUCUUACUGUUCACGUACUGGAAAGUCAUAAAGUCAAGGUUAGUAGUAGAUCGAGGAGAUCCUGUAGUAGGCAACAGUCAGUUAACGGAGAUAGGCGAACGCUUUUACAGGAUCAAACGCGGCGCCAAACGCCGCGACUUCAAAAGCUAGUCAAAAAGCAUCAAGUUGCGUUGAAAGCGGCUUCUUUAUUAUUACAAAAAUCCAAUGAGAAAAGAACUAUGGCGACAGUCAGAACGGAGCAGAAAGCUAUCCGAGUUUUGGGAAUAAUUGUCGCCCUCUUCAUCGCGUGCUGGGCGCCCUUUUUUACUUUAAACAUUGUCUUGGGGGCGUGCAAAAGUUGUACUCCACCCCAUCGGUCCGUAUUGGAAGCUUUUCUCUGGCUAGGAUAUACGUCAUCAACACUCAAUCCACUCGUUUAUACUCUCUUUAAUAGGACUUUUAGAAAGACUUUUUUACAGAUUUUAAGGUGCAAGCAUAGUUCGAAAAAGAAUAGCUCACUUUCACAAACAACCGCACUACUAGCUGCUAAUACUUUAAGAUUGCGAGCUAUGGUACCCAGGGCCAAACGAUAUCAAGAACAUGCAGAGGUUAAUUGUUGAAUUUUCUUCUUCUCUUUUGUUAUUUUAUUUUAAACAAAAAAAAGAUGAAAUUUUAAUCGGAAGAUAAAAAAGAUUUUUUUAUUUUUUUUUAAAAAAAAAACCAACAACAGCAAAAAUGGAAAAAAUAUUCAAAAUUAAA